AUGGAGAUGCUCAUUCCGUCGCCGGUCCUGGACACUCUUCUCCAGAGAAUCGGUGCUGUUUGCACUCCUCCUCAUCUCGAUCACACCAUUAUUCCUUCGAUCAUCAUCGACGAGCUCAAAACGUACACGGUCCGGAACUGGCGGGACGGCGAACUUUCGAACGGGCACGCGUUGUCAACGCUGGCGUUGAAGGCGUUGAUCAGAGGAAAACUGAGAAAGGACACAGUCGACGAACUGAUGUUCAAGGUGAUCAGCAAUGAGCCCGUCGACAUUUCACAAGAAUGCGAACGGCCCCUGGAGCCCUAUAGUCUAAUUUAUGAAACUCUCAUAAAGACCAGGAGCGGAGUGAGGAGAACGUUCGAUUGCUUCCGGAAACAGAUUGGCAGACUUAUCGGCAGAGGUAAAUGUGCCCAAACUGACUUUUUCGUUCUCACUUUCAAAUAUUUCAGAGGAAUGGCCCUUACCCUGUCGGAUUAUGAAAACAGCGCGAGGAGCGUUGAGAGGUGAGAACACGGAACGCCACUGAACAUUUCAAAACAAACAAAGUAUUUCAGUGCCGAAAUUCGACACAAUCAAGAGUGAUCCGUGCGUAAUGAGCUUUUUGUUGCUGGGAGAACUGGAGCGAACCGAGGGCCGCAUCGUGCACAUUUACAUCCUCGACCACUUUUGUCGCGUGUACAUUGACGGUUUUUCGGUGGUUGAACUAUCGUUCCCGGACGGAGAAAGGCACGGAACGUCGUGGGCGCUCAUCUUCGCCCGCAUCGCACUCUCCCCCUGCACACACCACGUUUACCUCCUUUUCGGCUACUCCAACUCUAGUCCACGCAACAAAACAUCGGCGAUCGGUCUCUACAGCCUUCCCAAUGAAUUCAAUUCGGGUAGUCGUUUGGUAGUCAGUACUUGCUAAACAAAAUGCAAAACUUGAGAUCUUCCGCGCGAGCAGUACGAGGAUCUUAACGAAAAGUUCGAACGGUUCAUCGCGCAACUCGAUCCGGUCAUUCCCGACGACGAAUGGAAGGCGACGUUCGUGCGCGGAAACCGACGAAUCUUUUCCACGUUCAACGGCAUUUUCUACGACAUUUUCGUAGGCACCGCACUGUUUCCGGCAAGCACCGGGCACAGAAUGUACGUCGGAAAUCAUUAUCAAAUGUUUGCGUGUUUUGAUUGAGUUGCUUCACUGAAUGAAUAUGUUUGAGCCACGGUCUCCAGAGCUGACAUGGGCGCAAGUGCGCCCCGCCCAAUAGAGCGAUACAUUGGCGCGAAAUUCAAAUUUUAGCAGCAAAAUUUGUGUUUUUUGUCAGAUUAGCCACGAAAAACCGAUAAUUUCUCAUUUGUCUUUUUUUUAGCGCAAGAGCGCUAAAUUCGGUCAUGUCGCAAAUCACAUUUAUCCGCUUGAAGAUUUUUGGCUAAAACUGCGUGAAUUUCAGUUGCUUUUCGGUAGUUCGAGCGCUCAAAAUGUUCGUAUUUACGUGAUUUAUCAUUCUCAAAACCAAUUUUGUCUGAAAACGGUCAAGAAAGCGCAAAAUGAGAAGUGCGGUUUUUAGGCGGCGAUCGGCGGCGAUCGGCUAAAAAGCAAAGUCCGCGAAAAAUGCGCCAAAACGUCAUUAAUUCGGUGAGAAUUCGUGUGUUUUCAUGUCGAACAAUCAUUUUUCAUCGCCUUUGACCACAAAAAUCAGAGAAAACGUGCUCAAUUCAUGAAAACGCCAUUUGGCCGAGGCCACGCCCAUAUUGUCAGCUCUGGAGACCGUGAGUAGCGAUAUAGAACUCCAUGAUUGGAAAACGCGCUCCACUGCAUAUACAUAUUCGUAUUGCCGCUCGGACCUUGCGUACCUUGCGCAAGAAACAUCUGUCUGUUCGUCCUCUCCUCAUUAGCCCAUUGACCCAACGGUCUCAGUCCAUUCAUUAUCUGCCAUCUCUUUUCGUCCUCAUCGAUCCUCAUCGAUUCCUCAUCGAUUCCUCACCGACUCCCGAUGGCAAAUUCUCUCAUCAUUACCAUUCCUCAUUCUGUCAACUGUUUGGAAUGUCUCAUAUUGAGAGUAAUGAAAAGGGCCGUUCCCUCCUCGCUCAACCACACGCUCCUUCCGUCAAUCAUCGAGAAUGAACUCAGAAAGUUUUCGGAUAGCAAUAAUGAUCUGGAGUGUCCACAAAAUGAGCCGAAAUCGCUGGCGCUUCUCGCCACCAAAGCGUUCAUGGAAGGGAUGAGCAAAAACGAUGAAAUGCUCGCUCUUUUGCUCAAAGUGAUUUCCGCUGAACCUGUUGACUUUUUCGAAAUUGCUGAACGGAAAUGGAAGCCGAAAAAGAAGAAAAUGAAGAAACCGGCAUUUCUUCGUUUGAUCCGAGAUUCGAUGGAAAAAAGUGUCAGCUUCGUGGAAUGGAUGCUCAGAGAAUCGCAAUUGGAACACGUCUCUUUCAACAGAUGGCAACUGAACCGACAUCUAUUGAAAAGUAAGUGUUUCCCGAAUAAUACUCUACGACUUUUGAUUGAUUUUAAAAUUUCAGUACCAAAGUUUGACACAUUAAGCAGCGAUCCAAUUCUGAUGUCGGAGAUUUUGAUGACGAGCAUAAAAAAACGGCUCGGCCGCGUUCAGAUUUUUGUUCUCAAACACUUUUAUCGAGUGAUCAUUGAUGGUCGGAUCGUUGUCGAAUCGGUUUAUUUUCGAUAUUUGCGCGAAAGAACGUUCUGGCCGCGCCUCUUCUUCAACGGUGCCUGCUUGUUUUUCACAGACACGAUCGAGAUUUUUGUCGGUGGUAAGUUGACCAGAGAGGGAAAAGUUUCGAGGGGUCUAAAUUGCAGAAUAUCCAAGGGACAGUUUGGAAUAUCUGAAAAACUGUAUGGAUUCAAUGCUCAGGGAUGUCAAUUCGAAGGUCCCGGCCGGCGGAUGGGAAGCACUUUUCGAGAAAGGAAAUCGGGCGAUUUACGAGCGAUCCAACUUCUCGAUCACAGGGGCAUUCUUCAGACAUGUGAGACUUCGAUUGGCGACCAAUUUUGAAGAAGAACAGGCUUCCCGUUACUGUACUUUUCAGUUUUAA